AUGUUUGCUGCAGCUUUCACUGUGCCUGGUGGAAACAAUCAAGUCAGUGGAGUUCCACUCUUCUUACAUGACUACACAUUUAAUAUAUUCAUCGUAGCAGAUGCAAUAUCUCUUUUCACUUCUUCAACUUCAGUAUUUCUCUUCAUUGGAAUUCUCACGGCUCAUUAUGCCGAAAAGGAUUUCUUAAACUCCUUGCCACUCAAGUUACUUUUCGGCCUUAUCGCACUUUUCUUCUCUGUUGUGUCCAUGAUGGUUGCUUUAUGUUCUUCUAUUGCUAUGUUCUUGAAGGGGCAUCAGGAAAUUGUAAUAAAAACUAUGUCAUUUGCUAUUAUUCCGGUUAUUGUCCUUGUUCCUUCGCAGUUGAAACUCUUCAUUGAGAUUUUCAAGUCAACAGUAUUGUCCAGUUGA